UAUGUCUAUUUCUCUCUCUCAGACCUCUGGUGCUUCGCCGGCGGGAGUCUUUGAAACAUCACCUUCGCCGGCGACCGGAAGCAAGCUGCACUAUCUGAGCUUACUUCCUCCCCCACUCUUACCUUUCCUGCCAAUCAGACGCCGCUUCCUCCAUGAGACGUUGACUCCAUUUCUCUCGCCGCGUCCCCGCUUUGACAGCUAGCUAACAUAAAGACAUGGGCCGUUGCAAGGAAGUUACUGCUGCUAAGCUAACAGAUGAUCUAGUUGUCGAUAUCCUCUCCCGCCUGACGUACAAGGACUAUUGCCGAUGCAAAUGUGCAUAUAAGGCAUGGUCUGCCUUGUCCUCUGAUCCACACUACCACAAGAAGCUGCCCACAAAAGUAACCACUGGCCUUUUGUACCAAGGUCGCAAUAAGUCUGCUAUCCCACUUGUUAGCCUGUCCCAAGAUGAUGAAGAAAUCGAUGGCAUUCUUGCUGACGCACCACACUAUGAGCAUCUAGAAAUCGUCGACUGCUGCAAUGGUCUAGUCCUUUGUAAGUAUAGGAGCAACUAUACUACUGCAAGCAUUUGCCGCUUCGUUGUGUGCAACCCAGCAACUCGACAAUGGAGGAUGAUUCCUGAUACUCAUCCUGAGACAGACGACCCUCGUUAUGUAACUGUUUUGGCGUUUGAUCCAUCAUGGUCACCGCAGUUCUACAUCUUCAAUUUUCAUCUGCAGCGUCACCGCGGUUCGAUAAUUGGUACCAGCAAACUUGAGAUAUUCCAGUCUGAAAGCUCCUCAUGGCUUGUGGAUGAUAAAUGGGAUUCUGAUAUAAUUGUUUCCCGUAGGCCUCACUUGUUUCUUCAUGGGAUGUUGUAUGCGGAGACUACUGGACAAGAAGUUGUGGUGUUUGAAGGCUUGGAGGAAAUGAGUGAUGGCACACUGCCCUAUCAUUGGAUUAUUGAUAUGCCAUCUGACUCUUCUUAUGUGGGUACUUUCACCCAUGGUUGCUUUGACAAAUCUUCAGGGAACUUGCACUAUGCAUUGCCAGAUGUGGAUGGUCACUCGAUUGUAGUUUGGACUCUGGAUGAAUAUGCUCAUGGUUUACGGGCUUGGAUUCUGAAGUGCCACCUUAGUAUGACUGAUGCAUUUGGAAGGGACGACUUUGUUCACUAUGAUAAUGGUGGCGAUGGUGGCAACCAUCAAUGGUUUUGGAACUGUGAUUAUUGUAUUGUUGCUCUCGACUUGGAGAAAGACCUUGUUUUCCUCUCCGACCAGAGGACGGAUAAGCUUCUUUCUUACAACAUCUGCACCGGUAUACUCAAGCAGAUACGGGAUGGCUUUGAGCGGUGUCAAUACUAUGUCUAUGUACCGUGCUACUCAAAGCUUCCAGAUCAAGAAUCUUCAGUGUAGUGAAUGCCAUCUUCCUUUCUGUAUGCCUGUAGGACUGUUCCUCUGUUUUAGAUUCUGAACCACCUUGUAUAUAUAUAGUAUUAUGUUAGUCGAUGUAACCUUGUGUAUUAUGUUAGUUUGUGUUAUCUGUGUGACCAGUCCAAGAACCUUGCCUUUAUAUUUUGUUGUGAUCC